AUUUUGUUUGUAUCAUUCGUAACAUUCACUUGAAAUUGUCACAUGUUUGUAAUCAUUUUUAAAAUAUUUAUAAAUAGAACUAAUAUUUCUUUGAGAUAUUAAUAAGUGCACAUAACAUUGAAUUAAUUACCGCAAGAGAUCAGUCGCGAAACAAGUGUAAUCAAAGAGAAUGGCUGAUCAAAUUGCAGAAAACAAGCCGAAGAUUUCCGAUCAGGAACAUGAGUUGGAAAUAGUGGCUUUCAAUGAAUUCCAAAAGGCCGACUACGCUUCCUGCCUGCAUACGUUACUUAAGUUGCAGAAAACGCAAGAUGCCAAUCCCAAGGUCAUCCACAAUCGAGCUGUCGCGGAGUUCUAUUUGAGUGAACUGCGGAAGUAUGAUCAGUUCCGGAAGACUGUGGUGCAGAUCACAGAACUGGUGGGCGAGAUCCAGACGGUGGAGAUAAAGCAACCGGAAUUAGCUGCGGCGUAUGUGAACCAGGCGAUGGUGCUGUACCACUUCCGGCAACCGUUGGCCGCGCUUAAGAUCAUGAUGGCAGUUAUGGGACAUUUUGAGCAUCUCGACGAUUAUCUGCUGCGGAAGGCCGGGAUUUUUACGGUGCAUUUGCUGCUGGAUACUAAUCAGCCGAAGAAGGCGAAUGAGUUGCUGGGGAUGCUGCAGACGAGGCUCAGUAUCCGGGUUCAGGAGAUUUUGAGCUCGGACGAUGAGGAGGAGAAGGUGGUGGACAAUGAGAGCCGGAAGGAUAUUUCUGAGAUUCAGUUCGAAGAGUUUAGGAAAGAGUUUCGGUUGAUAUUGAUAAGAUCGAAUUUGCUGAAUGGAAAGAAGAAUUUUACUAUCCCCUGUGAAGAGACGUCGGAGUAUUCGAUUUUGAAAGGUCAUCAGUACUAUCUGGGGAAUGACUAUCAGAUGGCUGCAAAGGAGCUGUCUAAGCGGUUUGUUAAUGAACCAAACAAAGUGCUGACGCAUGGUGAAGACCAAAAUGCAUGUUUGGCCAACAACAUGGGGCUGAUUCACUUUGCGGUAAAGCAUUAUGCGCUAGCAGCAAGAUUUUUUCAACAAGCAUUGCUCUUUGAUCAGGCCGCUACGGGAAAUACUUCGACGGAAAAAGUCGAUGGAUCUCCAUUGUACUGCGUAGGGGCUACGAAACAACCGGAGAUUUUGUACAAUCACGGAAUUACUCUGCUUCAUUUACAGAAACCGAAGGAAGCUUUUGAAUGCCUUUUAGUGGUUUUGAACUCGUACCAUAAUAACCCAAGACUUUGGUUGCGAUUGGCAGAAUGUUGCAUCAUGGUUCAUCAGCAAACGCAGAAGGAGCAGACAAAGAACGUUGCGACAGUUUUGCACCAUAGGAAACAUUUACAAAAGCGUCCAUUCAACAGUGAAGAACAAUCGGCGGCUAUUCCCAGCACAUCGCUGGAGUUUGCUUCCCUUUGCCUUCGAAAUGCUGUUACAAUGAUUGAUUAUCAUACGAAAGAGAUGACGAGACAGUUGGAAGCUGCUUCCAAACCCGCAUCAUGGGAUAAAGUCUACGAAGGUGUUCCAUGCAGUCCAUCACAGUCGAUGAAACCGGCAAGUCUGGAGAAACUUCGAAUCGCUUCCCUUAGCGCCUACAGUUACGUGCAAUUGUGCCUCGGCGAGUACACGUUAGCUCUGAAAUAUGCCCAGGAAACUCUAACGAUUGAGGACUUGCCAGAGACUCACCAAACGCUGGCAUCGAUGUACUGCGCCGAAGCAUUAAUCAUGAUGGACCGCAUUCCGGAAGCGUUGGUUUACUUGGAUCCUAAGCGAAUGCAGGACUUCCGAGGAGAAGAUUUCACUACCCGCGGGUCGCCCAAUUGGAGCAUGAACACACUGGAAGCGGCUCAGUCCGUAAUGCACUACAAUUUGGCCGUGGCACUGUUCACCAUGGGUGAUUACGAGAAGGGCAAAAUUUGCAUGAGCGCCUGUACCCAUCCGGUAGUACUGCCCAACCUGAAGAUGCUCAAAAUGUACUACGAGCUGGUGUUUGGGAAUGUGGAGAAGGUGAAGAUGAUGGCACGAUACGAUGCUGCCAAUUUGCUGUGAAGUGAAACAAUCGUGAAGUUGUAAAUAAAGUUGAAAUUCGUACUAUACAAAA